AAUUUAUUGCCACCAAAACGAAAUCAAUCCAUUUUGUAUUAGCUGCAAAUUAGAAGUUUUGGUGACAAAAAUCAUUUACAUUACUGGUAAGUGGCGAGCAGGAAAAGUCAACUCGCUCACUAGGAUGCACAGACUGUACCCGAACUCGAACUUUAAUCUGCCUUUGAAUCACCACGGAAGUCUGAUCCACCACGAUGAUUGAAAAAUUGUCCGGGCUGUGCAUAUUGAGCAAUUUGUACGAGUACUUCCUAUUGAUCAUCAAUGGACGAUCCGGAUAGCACCAGAUCCUCAUCAAGCAACAUUUCAGUAAUCAGUCGUCGUUCCUAAACCAAGAAAAAAAGAAAUGGUGAUGUUUAACUCCAGUUACAAACUGAAGAAUUAUUUUUUAGCAUUAUGAUGAAGUUUUAAAGUUAAACUAUCAAAGACAACUUGACCUUUUGACCCACCUACCGCGUAUUAUUCUCUUUCUUCCCUAACAAAUUAAGUUUUAUGUUCCUUCAAUUUUUUUCGACAGGCUCGUAAAAACCCUUCGAUAAUCAUUUUUUAAUUAGAAAAGGCAGUUUUCUUAUUUUCUUCCAGCAGUCUUUCAGUGACAUUAACUUUGAGUGCAAGAUUGCUUGACAAUUUAUCAUAAUACAUCCAUGAUUAAAAAAUUAAUUCGAGAAUCGAGAGCACGAAAUGUGAGUGUUGACAAUUUGUGUGCGGUUUGUUUCUGGGCGACAGUUUGUGCGACGCACACUGGUUCCAAAAGGUACCAGGGUUUUCGAAAAUUAAAGUUUUUUAGGCGUCGAAGCAAUUGUCGCAACCUUGUAAUUAUUACUAAAGUUGUCAAGCAACCUUGGGUCAGCAUGUUUAAAACAACAUUUUUCUUAAGUCAAUCUUGUGCCAGGAUUCUUCAAUCACUAACGGCUACGCCGGUGUUUCUGGGUUCGGCCGUCACUCAUAACCCCAGUGACGGCCUCACCCCUAGAGCAAAUGCUUUAAUUCACCCUGAUCUUGUGCCACUACUAAAUUACAAUUUUGUAAGAAAUGGCUCGAGACCGUGCAAAGGAGAAGAUCCAAGCACAAAGGAAGGCGAAGCAGGAGAGAAAAGUGGCUAAAGUGGAGCAACGCCAUCAACGUGCCACCGCCUCUGGAGAUCGGAAAAAACAUCAUGAUCAGGGUCAAGCAGACGUCAGCCUCUUCAAUUCAAAUAAGGACUCAUUUGGGAAUUCGUGUCUUCUCAAAGUCGCUUUUAACUCGGAUUCGACGGAGACGACUUUUUGUGAGUUCUUAGAAAACGCUGACAGUGAAGAUAUCGACAUUCUGCUCUGUGCGAAUAAGGCAGGAGUCACGCUCACGCACGUGAUUAGCCUCCGAGGAUGGGUUACCCCGUUGGAAAAGGUGAUUAAAACUGUCAAAUUGCAUUCCGACAAAUCACUUGGGGCCGUUGUUAAUGCGACAACGCUUGACGGAAUGACGCCACUCAUGCUAGCUUCGGAGGGUGCAUUUAAAGAUGUGUGUAUCAUUUUGCUAUCUAAUGGAGCAAAUCCCUUGGCGGAAGAUAAGACUGGUUAUUCGGCUCUCUGUCGCUGUUUGAGUAAUACCUGUUCUUCAAAAAUAACGAAACGUUGCCUCCCUCCCACCAUCACUCUCAUCAUUACUGCCAUCAAUAAUUUGGAAGAAGAGAAUUGGGAUUUCGAAAUCUAUUUUUCCAAAAUCUUCCAAAAUGUCAUAAAUCCCCCAUCAGACGCUUCAUUUACAUGCGAACGUUUCUACAGCCUGGGACGUUUCGUGUUUUUAUUUAUUUUGCGCUGUGUCGAGCGAGGGCCAGAAUUAUUCUUGAAAUUCAAAUUCUUCAAGAAAUUGUGCAGCGCAGCGAAUAAACGUCUGUCUCAGGCAAAUUAUAUUUACACAAUUUGUCUCACGUGGUUUCAAGUACUGGUGAAUGCAGAAGAUUUUGCAAACUCUUGGGGAGAAUUUGUCGAAACUUUUGCCAAGGAUGGAGCGGAUUUUUGUCUCAAAAUGCUGAUACGGUUCACUACGGUCGUUGAUGCGGAAACUAGCUCGAAAGGCACAUCAUUUUCCAAAUUGCAAUCAAAAUCUUCAGAAGCAAUUGAGAAUGCCGGAGACGAUUCGUUAGUCUUCACCGACAACCCUGUCCCGAGUUAUAAAAACGUUGCCCUUUCUGCCCUGCUUCCGCUCAUCCAACUAAUUGAUGCGAUUGAAAUGAGUCAUUGGUUUUCGAAAAAUUUUGCCACAAUUUCAUCAUGCUACAGAAACAUGGGACAUUAUAGCACAGGCCAAUCUGUCGAUAACUCUGCCUUAUCUGAGGACCAUUUGAACAAGCUGAAUAAGAAAUCAGCCUUAUUUCACGCCAUUAUGAAUCAGGACAAGUGGACAGUCAUGUAUCAAGAAAAAAACGAGACUACUGAGUCAUGGAUCCAACGUGAUAAAAAGCACAAGAAGAAAAAACAAGUUCCAUCACUAUCGUCUCAUAGGAAAACAUCGAAAGUUGUCUGUUUUCCGUUUGAGAUUUUACGACCUCCGAUGUCCAAUUUACAGGAUAAAGAUAGCAACGAGGAAACAGAAAAAGAAGGCAAAUUGAUUAACACCAAAAAUUCUAGCGCACGAGAAGAACGUGAUGUCGAUAAAGCAACCAAAAAAAUUGCCACCAUUACCGAUACAAAUGUAGAAACCACACUGCAAAACCCACCAGAUGCCAGCGCCCAAUCGAUAAAAGUUGCAACAAUAUCACCAGAAUCAAACUCGCGUGAUAUCCAUAAAUCACCCUCAAACUCGGACUCUAACCGACCAGAUCUCAAAUUUGUAAAGGACAAACUGGGCCCAGAUGAAAAUGAGAUUUGUUCAUCUAUCACCAAGCCAUUAGAAAUUGUAGAGGAAAUUAGUCCUCUUCCUCCCCCUCCUCUAACGCUCAGUAGAAAACAACAACAAAAAUUGAACCAACGCGGAAGUCGACACGUUCAAGCGACAACGACGACUCACGCCUCAAAUACAGAAAUUAUCAAGAAAAGCGACAAGAAAUCAAAUUCAACUAAACUUCUCGCGAAAAAAGAAACUCUUCACCAGCAUAUUUUCAAAUUCGAUAUCAAAACUGAAAACGAGGUAGAAUUCGUCACCACGCACUCCACCGAGUGGUGCACCCUCCUCGACGCCGACUACUUGUUGAGCAUCACGCCCAGAAAUAUAUUUUCUCUUGCUCGAGACGAUCCUACUCUCACGUCGUCAGGAACCCGCAUAACCCCAUCCUUACUUUCGUUAGGAAUGUUGUCGAUAUUUUCUAUGCAAGAACUCAAGUCCAAAAUAUGCGAUAUUCAUAAUAACAUUUCAAAUUCUCGGCAAAAAACAAAAGAUCGUAUGUUCCAAGCGGGGUGGUCGACGUGCUGCGACGCCGAGUUGUGGCGGUGCGACCGUAACUAUUGGAAGAUUCAUCUCGUCAUGUGCGUCUCCCCAGACGGCCUCUUCGUCCCCGUUGAAGACAGCUUUAUCUCUAAAUUCUACAAUUUGGGGUACCAAACUAUCCUCUUCAAUGAAGGCGACUACUCUACCUUUGGCAAAACGCAUCCCCUCCUCUUGGAGAGCAGCGCUGCUUCUGAUGACGAUUACAGAUACUUCACCCGCCGAAAAAUCCUCUACAAUGCGCUCAGCACAGAGUAUUUGCGAUCCUUGGAGCAUAACUCGGUCGCAUUUCGUAAUUCCACAAACACCCGGCCAGCCCUUCUCUUCACGGCGAGAAAAAUCUACCAGUUCGGCCUUCAUCACUGGGAACCGUCCCAUUUCUCAAAGAAAUACGUUUACAAAUCCAUGUCAAGAAUUUCCAGGGAGGAAAUGUGGACCGAUUUUCACAACACGUACCCCACCGUGUCGCCCUUCUGUCCCGAACCAGCUUGGACCGCGUUCGGUCAUGUAACUAAGAGUUGCUCAGACCUUCAUACGAAUGACGUCUACGUCCCCAUCAUCAUCUCCAAAGGGGCAAAUUCUUCCUCGAGUAUCGUCCUCCAGUUGGAACUCGCAUUCGAGGCAGUUUACAUGUCAGAGUUCGCCCUAUGGAGUGGAAUCUAUCGUCAAAUCCCCAGUUUGAGCAAGUACGAAUUCGUAGCAGGUUUUAAGGCAGAGUACAAAACGUAUUACGACCACAUUUCGGACGGCUAUGUUCAAACGACUUUGAUCGGGAUGCACGUUCAAAACGGUGGGUCAUCAUCGUCACCACAAGCAACAAAAGGUCCAUCGACGAAGAUCAAGAACAAGAAAAAUGCCAAGACUCCCAAUGAGAAUGAGACAGAGAAGUUAUGCGUUUGCUGUAAGGCACCAAUGGCAAAAGGAGGUGAUGUGAAAAACAAAGACGUUGCGGCCACCCCGAGAACAAGAAAGACUUCGGUGUAUGAGAAUGCUGAGAAAUUUCGAUUCUUUCACUACCCUCGUGCCCACGUGACGAAGGGACUCUUCGUCGAUGAGAAGAGGGAAGUCCGCUAUCCAUCCGAUCUCACUGACAAGUUGGUACAACUGGACCUCAACAUUGUACCGUUUUCAGAAACGAAACAAAUCAAGGAAAAAGAGUUCAAAAUAAAUAUUCCGAAUUUGAAAAUUCCUUUGACUUCAAGUACGAAUUUAGCCUUAUCAAAAUUGCCUGAGAACACACAUGAUUUUACGAGUCAGUCUAAAACUAAGGCCAUUCUGCGAAGGACAGUGGCUGUCCAAACUGUGCGAAGAAGUAGGCUUGUUAAUUAAGUUGAUUGCAUGAAAAUUGUUAAGUACAUUAAUGCAUGCAUGAUUUCACCAUAAAACUGAAAUAUGUAUGCAUAUUAUGUUUUGUAAAUAAAUUUUUAUGAACAUUUA